UAUGUGUGUGCAUAUUUGUGUCUGCAUGUGAUUUUGUUUUAUGUUUUGUGUUACUUCAGCAUGUUUUCCUGGCGGGUGUCAGUGCUACUGUUCUUCAUAAGCACAUGGCCAGGCGGCGCUGGAGUUGUUACCCAGCAGGCCCUGCACCAGUAUCCAGCCCCAGAGGUGCAGCCCCAGACCACACAAGACACAGCGACUCCUGAGGCCCCUACACAUGUGCAGUUGCAUGUGACUCUGGGCCAGACCGCUCUCCUGCCCUGUGGCCUCCCACACCCUCCUCCUUCUCUGGGUGUCCUCCUGCUCUUCUGGCAAACCAUCACAGACCUGGUGGUUCACUCCUUCCACAAAGGCCAGGAGGAGUUUGAACAUCAGUUCUCUGCUUACUGCAACAGAACCAGGCUCUUCACCAGUCAACUGCUGUUUGGUAACUUCAGCCUGGAGUUACAGAACGUCUCUGAGCGCGACAACCUCACCACCUUUAAGUGUGUUGUGUGUUAUGACACCCUGACAUGUACUACAAGAUGGAUUGAGCUGUGGACAGACGAGAUACGAGAUGUAACAAAUGUUGGGGAGGAUGAGCCAGGAGCGCCCCCUAUGGGCAGAAGCGUGUGGUCCAUUGUUGGUUUGCUGGGCCUGCUGACCCUGCUGAUCUUGACCAUUAUUAUUAUUAUCCGCUGCUGUCCAGGCAUUGGAAACAAGUGCAGCUCAUCGGCCCCACACAACAGCACUGACCCAGAGCGUGGUGAGGGACCUCAGCACGGCCCUCUGAUGGCAGAGGAGGCCACGGGGGAGCUGGAGAUGAGAGAGGAGCGAGGAGGAGAGACAGAACCAAAGCAGGAUGGAGGAGAAGGAGGACCACGGCAGUGGAGGACCGCUCUCUGUCCCCGCACAAUGGACACAGUGGAGGACAGCAACAACAACAGCAACAGAAGACACAUCUCUGAAUCACCCAUGUGAGAAACAACG